AAAAAUUAAUGAGCUUUAAUGGUAAAGAAUUGUAUUCGCAAAACUUAGUCAUCUCGUAAUUCUAUAAAUCCCCUCUUAGUUGCAUCCCAGUUUUUCAUAUCUAUCAACUAAAAUCACUUUUAUAAGUUUAUUUAAGAGAAGAAAGAAAAAGAACAGCUAUGGCCAAAGCAACUUCUGUUCUUGUUCUUCCUAUCAUCUUCCUUGUGAUGUUUGCCUUAGUUCAGCAAAUGUCAGCAUGUAUGGCUGUUAUUGGCUCGUGCCGUGACAUUCGCGAUUGCGAUGGGACGUGCAAGAGUAAAUUUGGAAUAGUUUCAAGUGGCUACUGUGACCAUGUUCCAGUGGGAUAUGGAGCUUGUAUUUGCUCUAAACCUUGUCCAAAAGAGAAAACUCUUACAUAAUUGAUGUACGAAUUUGAGAUCUCAAAGAAUUUGUGUAAAAGUAGAAAAAUAUAUUCAAAAUAGUGUAAUCGCCGUAAAAUAAUAUUUCCGAUCGAACUUUUCAUAUCAAUAAAAAUUACUUAUGAUAAAGAAAAAUGCUAGUAAUGGUUUUUAACCCAAAAAG